AUGACUUGGUCAGUCAGUCAGUCAGCCACCACCACCACCACCACAACCCGUUUCGCUUCUGCUGCUAGUGCCGCUGCAAAAGGGCUUCUUCUUCUUCUUCGUCUUUUCCUUAUUCUUCGUAGAAUGCGAAGAUGUUCAAACAAACCGCUUCAUUCCAUUCUCGCCUCCGGCGACGACGACGACGUUGUUUUGUCGCCGUCUAUCGCAAUCCGCCACGGCGAUCAAUAUUCAUGA